UUUUCCUGAGGGUGUUCUUUACUUUUAAUUCAUUCAAAUGUGGAGUCACAAAAAUGUGUACACUAUAUUAAAAAUGUACUACCCCUGCCUUGUUAGAAAUUAUGCGGUACUGAGUUCGGUUGUAUAGCAGGCUGCAGGCAGUGGAGCUCGAAUAUGGUACAAAAUAAAUAAAUAGUUUUACUAAACGCUGUUUUUUUCCUAGUAAUAAUUAAUCGUCUUUGUGAACUCAUCUUUUUAGUAGCAACACGACAAAAUAAACGUCAGCUGCAUUUCCUUUGUCUUUAUUGGUAUGAAACAUGCGUUUUGCUUCAUACAUCAAAGUACAAACAUUGACGAAGAGCCCCCACAUACGUUUGCGUCUCUUACGACAGACAGCAAGUGUCGUUCUGUUGGUGCUAACGUGGUGAUGUGUUAUGCAGCCGUUUGAUCUUUGAUCAACGAAUACACAGACGUAAAAGGAUUAGGAGGGAGCAGACAGGGUAGUUUAGAUCCCACCGGCGCCAACGCUCCUCAAGACACCGCGAUGUGCAUGUUGAGUUGCAGCGCACAUCCCGCAGCGAUACGCCAGCUGGACAAACUCCGCUAAAUGCGUCUCUGUCGGGACGGCUUUGUGCGGCAUCCCAUUAAACUUCACACUGACAUGUAUGGAGGUCGCACUCAGGACAACAUUUGAAGUGUGAUAACAGCCCAGCAUGAAUCGAGCUCCAUAUUCAUGAGAGAGUGGGCUUGGCCCAAAACGAUAAGCACCUUUCACCAGUUUUCUCCUUAGGAGAGGAAGCGCUGUUCAUCCAAAUCCGGAACCGGAGUCUCGGAUUAAUGUAUAUACAAGCUUGACAAGGGACAAGAGGAUUCUGGUUACCUUUACGAGCUGGAGUACACAAGUGAGCAGGCCUUGAUUGAGCCUGUGGCGCAAGGGAUUGGCAUGGCUCAGACCAGCUUUGUGUCAACUCAUCAUGCAUGUUGGGCCUGAUUACAGAAAGGAGUCUAUACUAAAAGACAGCAGGAUUGUUUUAACAGAAAAAAAAAAAUAGUCUACAGUCAUGGCUACUGAUCUUGACAAAUUCAACACCCAUUAGGAUUUUUAAUAUUACUCGAGAGAGCGCAGGCUUUGUCACUGAGAGGGGAUGCUUAUUCAACAGGCUUAUCUGCCAUGGUAAAGGCGGCGAAGGCAUGAACCCCUGACAACAGAAGAGGUCAACGUCCAAAAAAAGGAUCAACUCUACAAACACUGACCAGUCAGGAUAUCAUCCGAAAUCCCUCAGAAAAACAUUUCUUUUCAUAAAGGAUAAUAAAAGAAAACCUUGAUUGGAUUUUUCAGCGAUCAGAAAGGAUUUACCACCUUUCAUAAAUCAGGGGCUCUUGAGUGAUUAGACCGCCCGGCAACUCUGCUUCAAGAUGGUACGUCAAUGCAAGGCCUUUAUCCUCUCCCUCGUCAGGGUUGGACUGCUGCUGGGCCUAGCUAACCCACUGAUGACCUCUGCUUCAUGUCCCUCUGCCUGUCGUUGUGACGGGACCUUCAUCUACUGUAAUGACCGUGGCCUAACUUCCAUCCCUACUGGUUUACCCCUAGAUGCAACAGUGCUCUUCCUGCAAAACAAUCGCAUAAAGAGCUCAGGAAUUCCCACAGAGCUAAGCAGGCUCACAAAUGUGGAGAAGAUCUACCUUUACUGCAACAAUCUAGAUGAAUUCCCCACUAACCUUCCUCUUGGUCUGAAAGAGCUCCAUCUUCAGGAGAACAACAUUCGAAUGAUUACACAUGCAACUUUAGCCCAGAUUCCUUAUAUUGAAGAACUUCACCUUGACGAUAACUCUGUAUCAGCGGUCAGCAUUGAAGAGGGGGCCUUUAGGGACAGCAGUCACCUUAGAUUGCUUUUCCUCUCCAGGAACCACCUAAGUACCAUCCCCUCAGGUCUACCCAUGAGUAUUGAAGAGUUGCGCUUUGAAGACAACCGCAUCUCGUCAAUCUCAGAACAAUCACUGCAAGAUCUAAUCAACCUGAAGCGGUUGAUAUUGGAUGGAAACCUGCUCAACAACCGUGGGAUUGGAGAGAUGGCUUUCAUCAAUCUGAUUAACCUUACUGAGCUCUCGCUAGUGAGGAACUCCCUGACAUCCCCGCCAGCAAACCUGCCAGGCACAAGUUUGGAGAAGCUGCAGCUACAAGAGAAUCACAUUAAUAGGGUCCCACCCGGGGCUUUUGCCUUCCUUCGACAACUGUAUCGAUUGGACCUAUCUGGCAACAACCUGAGCAGUCUCCCACAAGGAGUCUUUGAAGAUCUGGACAAUCUCACACAGCUUUUGCUACGCAACAACCCCUGGCAAUGCAAUUGCAGGAUGAAAUGGGUGCGUGACUGGCUCCGAACAUUGCCAUCAAAAGUAAAUGUACGGGGUUUCAUGUGCCAGGGCCCUGAUAAAGUAAAAGGCAUGGCUCUCAAAGACUUAACUACAGACAUGUUUGACUGCACAGAUUUAGAAUUCAUUCCAACAUAUGAGACAAGCACAGUCUCCAACACUUGGCGGCCCACACUGCCACAGUGGCCCUCAUUUGUGACUAAAAGGCCUGGAGUGAAGGGACCAAAUAUCGGCAGAAAUUACCAUGACACCACCAUUUCAUCAGGCAGAAAGAUCAUCACAAUCAGUGUGAAGUCAAGUAGCGCAGAUACAGUACACAUAUCAUGGAGGGUAUCACAACCCAUGACUGCCCUCCGGCUCAGCUGGCUAAAGCUGGGACACAGCCCUGCAUUUGGAUCCAUCACAGAGACGAUUGUACAAGGGGAAAGGACGGAGUAUCUGCUCACUGCGCUGGAGCCAGAGUCAUCCUACAGGAUAUGUAUGGUUCCCAUGGAGACCAGCAACAUCUACCUGUCAGACGAGACUCCCGUUUGCAUAGAGACUGAGACCGGCUCUCAUAAAUCUUACAACCCGACCACAACUUUAAACAGAGAGCAGGAGAAAGAGCCUUACAAAAAUUCCAGCCUGCCUUUGGCUGCUAUCAUUGGAGGAGCUGUUGCACUUUUGGCAAUAAUCAUGUUGGCAUUGGUGUGCUGGUACGUCCACAGGAAUGGAUCACUUUUUUCCAGAAACUGCACCUACAACAAAGGCCGUCGGAGAAAGGAUGACUACGCCGAAGCAGGAACUAAAAAGGACAACUCAAUUCUAGAAAUAAGAGAGACUUCUUUUCAAAUGAUACCUAUCAAUCAGCUUCCUGUGUCCAAGGAGGAGUUUGUGAUACACACAAUUUUUCCACCUAAUGGCCUGAGUUUGUACAAGAGCCCACACAACGAGAACAGUAUUAACAACAGAAGUUACAGAGACAGUGGAAUACCAGAUUCGGACUAUUCUCAUUCAUGAUAUUGCACACAGACGGUCAUGAUGAGCGUGCGUUGUAAACAAGAGUGGCAAGACUUUUACAAAACACUGGAUCUAUAGGACUAAGGGAUCAAUGUUAUGUACAUUUGACAUAUAAUUUAUAUUUAAGGACAUUUUAUGAAGACUGAGAAGGUUCCAUCUGCAGGCCCUCACUGAACCAGCGGGUAUAAUACUGCAAUUAUAUUUUAGGGAUUUGUAGUAAUUUGUACUGUAUUUCCUUGGCUUAAAAUGAUCGACCAAGUAUAAAGAAACUAUGUUCUGAGAUAUUAUGACUUGUCAACUGUGAAAGUGGGUUUUCAUUGCUGUGUUGAACAAUCAGACUUUAGAAAACAUUGUAGUACAAGCACAGGUCAUUAUUUUCACUUUGUGGCUGUCUGAAAAGCAAAGACAAAAAUUGUCAAAAAAUAAGGUAAAGUUGAUAAUUAAAAUUUAGAAUCAGACAUGUUGCCCUAUUACAAAGAACAAACAGUGAGGUGUCUCAUUUACUACUGAUCAAGAAUAGUGUUAAGUUUUCAAAUCGCUCCAGAUGAUGUGCCAUGAUUUAUUUCUCUACAUUCUUAGAUGUGUACCUUUUCCAAGUUUGAAACACAGCAGAGUAGCCAUAGAAAGAUUUUUUUCUGAUUGGUUUGUUGGCCACAGCACAGGGCAGAUAAAGCACAUCAACUCGAAAGGGACUCUUGGCUCCUCAAAACCAGAAACAGGACAGGCUGACACAGGACCCCACAUGAUCUCUCUUAGUACGUGUCAACAAAGGCCAAAUGACAAUGGUGGCAUUCUUAAGUACUGUGUACCCUGCGUCAUUUAAGUCAGAAGGCCAAAAAUACAUGAUUGUUAAAAUGAUCAGCGUGUCAGCAGUUUCUUAAGUAACUACUCUUUUGUAUUUUCAAAGUGAACACGUUUUUGUUGCCACAAUUUGAAAUUACCUGUUCUUCAUGUUUAAAAAAAUACAACAACAACCAAAGUGCAUUGUAUGCCCUUUGGCCAGUCUUGUAUGUGCCUUGAUCCAAUGCUUAUUGUAUUUAGCUUUUUAAGGAACCAGUGACUUUUUUAGAUACACACUUGAAUAUGAAAAGUAUUGGUCAUAUUACAAAAUAAAAACUGAAUAAAAAGAACACUGAUUCCUUUAUUACCUCACAUCACCUUUAUUUCCUCCCACAUUGAAAAAAAAAAACAGAUUUCAAUAAUAUCUAAGAAUAAGUCAUGCAGUUUCACCUUAAUUUUGGUCUGAUCUUGCCUACAUUGUUCUAAUACAAUAAGAUAUUCACUACACAUACUGAAUAUGCACCUUUCAUCAGAAAGUCCAGUGGUUAGUCUCGCAUUAACAAUAUUAAACCAUUUAAAAUAAUCAAUUGUCUGUAUUUGUAGCUUUUUGUUGAGUAAAAAA